CGUCAACUUCGCUGCGCGACCUUGGGACUAUCUAAUUACGUCGGGUAUGGUAUUGUACCAUAUGUCUUGUCUGAGACUUCACUUUUGUCUUUUCCUUCACAUUUUAAACCUCUUCACGGUUACGCAGCACUGAAACAUCGGGGAAGGUUCUCAUACAUACAUAUUGUUGUACAGGAAACAGGAUUCCGAACGGGUUUUGUAUAGCUCAAACAUUGAGACAAGGCACAAGAUAACAAAGCAGUACAGAAGGAAUGGCAUCAUCUAACCAGUCACCUUCUGCCCUUGAAAAGCAACAAGAGGCGUACGAAGAAAAGCAUGUCCACGAGGUAUACCAGCAAAUUGCAAGUCAUUUUUCCUCCACUCGCUACAAGCCAUGGCCAAUCGUGAAACAGUUCCUUACAGAUUUGACCCCCGGAUCUAUCGGGCUAGAUGUGGGAUGCGGCAAUGGAAAGUAUCUACCCGUGAAUCAAGAUGUCUUCAUUGUUGCUUCUGACAGAUCCGAGAAUCUUGCCCGAAUCGCCGCAAGACAUCAACCACACACGGCCAUUAUGGCUGAUAUUUUGAAUCUGCCACACCCUGAUUCCUUCUUCGACUUUGCGAUAUCAAUCGCGGUGGUGCAUCACCUAUCAACCCGGGGUCGUAGGAUUCAAGCUAUCCGCGAGAUUCUGCGGACAUUGAAGCCUGCCACAAUGCAGGCCCCGGGAGGGAAAGCCCUACUGUAUGCAUGGGCACUCGAGCAGAAAACCAGCCGCAGGGGCUGGGAUAAAGGUGACCAGCAGGACGUCAUGGUUCCUUGGGUUAUGAAGGACAACAAUCCCAAGGACAGUUCAAGUGACCAGUCAAAGGUUUUCCAUCGAUACUACCAUCUUUAUGAGGCCACAGAACUAGAGCGUGACAUAAACGAUGCAGGUGGUCGUGUCCUAGAAUCCGGGUAUGAGAAAGACAAUUGGUGGGCAAUCGCAACACGAUGAAACGAACAGAAAGAAGAAAAGAAAACCCCCUCCCGUAACACAUGCUCCGAGAUCCAGCUCCGGAGAUCUUUCAUGGCAUCUAUAUAUAACAAAGGAGAAACAAAUUAAUCAGAAAAUGUCGUCAAACUUAGAGUUCCCAUGAUGAAAUUUGUGAACAAAAUAAGAAGGCACAUAUCAACC